GCGCCAUAAUGGAUUGGUCUGAGGGUGAUCUGGUAUGGUUUGACCCGGGUGUGGGUCAUCCAAUACCGGGUGAAAUACAAGAGGUACAUCGGGCCGCUCAAGUUAUUGUGGUGCAGGCUGUCAUUAAGGGGAAGCCCCAAACCUUUGCCCUGCAACCUGGAGAGGGCAACCUUCGACCCCGCCAGGACUUGGGUAGCAGUGGUGUGGAGGACAUGACCAUGCUGGAGGAUCUGCACGAAGCUUCCCUGCUAUGGAAUUUACGUUUGCGUUAUGACAAGGGCCUGAUCUACACGUUCGCGGGAAGUAUCCUGAUAGCCAUUAAUCCCUAUAAAAUGUUCCCGGAUUCAUAUGGCCUAGAGGUGGCCAAACAAUAUGCCGGCAAGCCAUUGGGUACCAUGCCGCCACAUCUCUUUGCAAUUGGAGCUGCGGCUCAUGCUUCGCUGCCCUCACCCCAGGUGGUGGUGAUUUCCGGAGAAUCAGGUUCAGGAAAAACAGAGUCCACAAAAUUGGUAAUGCAAUAUUUGGCGGCAGUGGUGCCGGGUGGAGGUUCCGCCUCAGCUGUCAUAACCGAACAAAUUCUCGAAGCUGCCCCUCUAUUGGAGGCCUUUGGUAAUGCUCGAACCACCAGGAAUGACAACAGUUCCCGGUUCGGCAAAUAUUUGGAGGUGUAUUUUAAAAGUGGUGCCAUUGUGGGCGCCAAGAUAACCCAGUAUCUAUUGGAGAAGUCUAGGAUUGUAACCCAAGCCCCCGGUGAGCGUAACUACCAUGUCUUCUAUGAAAUGCUGGGAGGCCUCUCGGAAACGGAACGCACCAAAUAUGGCCUAUUGGAGGCUGAUAAAUAUUUCUAUUUAAAUCAAGGAGCCACAGAUUGUGCUCCCGGCCGGGUGGAUUGGGAAUCACUGCAGAGUGCUAUGCAGGUUUUGGGUGUCUCCGAAGGAGAAAGGGAAGGCAUAAUCAGGGUUCUGGCCUCCGUGCUGCAUUUGGGUAAUGUCUACUUCCAUCGACGCCAGUUACGCCAUGGCCAGGAGGGUGUGGAGGUUGGUUCUGACGCUGAAAUUAAAUGGGCUGCCCAUUUGCUGCAUAUCUCCGCAGAGGGUUUGCAUCGCUCGUUGACCAGUCGCAUAACCGAAGCCCGAUCGGAGAGAUUACAUACCCCGCUGAGCAUAGAUCAGGCCUUGGAUGCCAGAGAUGCCUUUGCCAAGGCUUUGUAUUCGGGAUUGUUUAAUUGGCUGGUGUCGCGUAUCAACUCCAUUGUUCAGAAGGGUGGCACCCAUGAUGCCCAUCGUAUUUCGAUUUUGGAUAUUUUUGGCUUUGAGGAUUUGGCGGAGAAUAGCUUCGAGCAGCUUUGUAUCAAUUAUGCCAAUGAAAAUCUGCAGCUAUAUUUCAAUAAGCAUGUCUUCAAGUUGGAACAGGCAGAAUAUUCGCGAGAGCGGUUGGAAUGGACCCCUCUAACCUGGGAUGAUAAUUUACCCGUCAUCCAUUUGCUGGCCAAGAAGCCGGUGGGCAUUUUCCAUCUCCUCGACGAUGAAUCAAAUUUCCCCCGAGCGUCGGAUAUGAGUUUUCUGGAGAAGUGCCACUACAAUCAUGCCUUGAAUGAGCUGUAUUCCCGGCCCCGGGUAGGAGCCCAAGAAUUUGGUAUUACCCAUUAUGCCGGGCAGGUGUGGUAUUGUGUUGACGGAUUCCUCGAUAAAAAUCGUGAUGCUUUGCGAGGUGAUGUCCUGGAGUUACUUAGCUCGAGUAAGCUGCAAUUGGUCUCUGAUCUGACAAAGCAGUUGAGGGCCCAGCGGGACUCUGGGAAGACUUUACCUAAAGGAAAUAAUGGACGAUUUGUUACCAUGAAGCCAAGGACCCCCACAGUGGCGGCCAGAUUCUCCGACUCUUUGCAACAAUUGCUCCAAUCGAUGGGCAGGUGUAACCCCUGGUUCGUUCGCUGCAUAAAACCGAACAAUGAAAAACAAUCCCUGAAAAUGGAUAUGCCCUGCGUGCUGCAGCAACUCCGCUACCUUGGAAUGUUGGAUACCAUACAAAUCCGCCAAAAGGGUUAUCCGGUACGUCUACGCUUCCAACAUUUCAUUGAACGCUAUCGUCAUCUGAUGAGAUCCCCAUUGUCGCGAGGCACUCCCUAUCGUGAAUUGUGCCGAAUUUUACUGGAAUCAAUGCCCGGCACUGGUAUUGAGGGUCCCGACUAUCAAUUGGGCGCCACUCGAGUUUUCCUCCGUGAAGCCCUGCAUCGCAUGCUGGAGAGUAGCCGUUCGGAUCGCUUGAAAACCGCCGCUGUGGUUAUCCAGAAACAUGUACGCGGCAUGCUGGCCCGACGACACCUGAUGCGUAAGAAAAAGGCCGCCACCAGGAUACAGGCCCGCUGGAGGGGUCAUCGUGAAGCGAAGAAAUACAAAGAACUACGCCAAGCUGCCAUUAAGGCUCAGGCCUUAUGGCGUGGUAAAAUGGGACGCAAGCGGGCGGUAAAACUCAAGGCCGAAUAUCAAAGACGUUUGGAGGCCCAGCGGGCCCAAAAGGAACGUGAGGCCAAAAAGCAGGCCAAGGAGAAUUUGGAACGCAGUCAAAUCUCAUAUCUUGAUAUACCCGCUGAAUUGGCUUUCAUAUUCUCGAAAAGUGAAGGUUGGACCCCGGUCCACGGAGAUCGACAUUUGGUCAAGGUGGUGGGCACCGUGCCAGGACCUCCAGUGGCUGCCGAUUUACCCAAGGAUUUGGAUCAAUUUUCAUUUGGCAAAUUUAGUUCGGUGUACUGUAACGGCAUGCGGUUGCUCUCCGCCCGCAGGGAACCCAUUACCACGCCCUUCCUUUCCAGGGCCGCUUCAAGGGAUCAAGAUUUCCAGGACUCCUUGGCGGUAUUUAAACUAAUUCUACGCUGGACCAAUGACAAAACGUUGGAUACCAACAAGGAAAAGGUCUUGGCGGAUUAUAUUGUGCACAAGGGGUUGUCCUCUCGGGGCCUACGCGAUGAAAUUUUGGUUCAAUUGUGCAAUCAAAUCUACAACAACGAUGAGGUCCAGGCCCAGAGACUUUGGCAAUUGAUGGCCCAGUGCCUGUCCUGUUUCCAACCCGGUCCAGCCUUUAGUAAAUAUUUGAUGAAAUUUAUUGUGGACCAGGCCCCUGACUCCAUGAGGGAUAUGCUGCUCAAGAAAAUUCUGCGGAAUGGUGUGGGUUCCAAUCAUGCCAAUAGCUGUCGUAAUUUCACACCCUCCUGGGUGGAAUGGAGGGCAAUUUCUCGUAUGUCCGAUAUUGCCGUGUCACUGACCCUACCCGAUGAAAAUAGCCAAACUGUGGCCAUUGAUUCGUGGACCACCUGUGAAGAGGCUGCCUCAUUGGCUGUGUCCACUCUCGGCAUUUCCAAUCGUGGCUGGACUGUGGUCUUUGAUGAUGGUAAACUGCUGACAGAUUCCUGUGGCCUCGAUUAUGUUUUGGAUUUGAUUGCUGAGAAGGAAUUGUGUCCUGCCUUUCCGGCCCUGCGAAGCGAUUUAAUGACCACCGGUGCUAAAUUCCAUAGGACAAUUUUGUCGGGAGAGCCUGGAGAUACCAAUACCCCCAAGAGGCCUCAGGUGCCACCACCCGAACCACCACAAAAAUUGAAAUCGAGUACCCCGGUGGAAUCGCCAAUUUCCGAUUCAAAUGAUGAGCAGCCCAUAAGGAAAAAUUCCCGGAAUAUUUUGUCCCGCAACUCGGCCCUGAAUGAUAGAUACUUCGAGCAGGAGAAAUCGAGAUCUAAGUCUCUGGAUGAUCUGCUGGCGGGAGAUGUCACGGACUUGGAUGCCAAUACAGAACCGGAACCUUUGGCGGAAAUUGGUUUAUCGGAAAGUCGUCUCAAUGAUAGAUAUCAUUCUGCGGAACGCUUGACACCCAUGGGCAAGGAGUCUGCCCCACGUUAUCAAAAGUCACAAUAUGCCGGCCGCAGGUCUCAUGGAGGUUCCCACUCCAGUAAAUAUAUGGAUAAGUCAGAAUAUGCCACGCGAUCCUCAGCCAUGUCCGAUACAAGUGAGGCCCCCUCAUUGGCUUCGCAUGUAAGGCGGGUAAGGGUACCCUCGCAGGCCUCAGAUGUGGAUCAAUUUUUGGAUGACCUGUUUAGUCCCGUAUUGGAUGGUUCAUUGGAUGAGUUGUCAGAUGCCAGAUCAUUGGCGGCCAGUAUAAGGGGUGGUGGCGCCCAACUGAAGCUAAAAGGAGAGAUUGAAGAAAAUUCCGAAUUUGACAAAGAAAACUUCUGCGAGGCCCCUGAUUGUGGUUCCAUGGAGUCUCUAAAUUGGAAUAGCCACUUUUUGUCGGCAAAAAUCAAGGGAGGUGGUGAAAAACCCAGCCAAGGAAGACCCGAAGAGGAAUCCAAUUCCGCCAACCUAGAUGACUACAUCACAGGGCUCUUUAAACCCAUUUUUGUCAACGAAGCUGUAAAGGUAUUGACCGAACAUUCCGAACUCAUUGAUAGCAUUAAAGGAGGCGGCGCCCAAACCCAGGCCACCUCGACCAGCAGUACCUUUGUUAGCGGCCCUAUAAGCCCCAUACUCAACAGCAGUGAUAACCUCUUGCAAAUGGUAAAUAUACCACCCGAUGCUGAUCCCUCUACAUAUCAACAUCAGGUUCAGAGGGCUUUUCUACAAUCCGCCAUGGCACAAAAUUUACAAAUUCAACAGCAGCUCUUGGCACAAAAUCAGGCCCUGCAAACCCUAUUGAGUCAACAGGAGACGGGUGGUACGACUUCACCACCUCUCAUUGCCCCGCUUAUUGCUCCGGUGGUAAAUGCCAGCCUUAAUGCAGGUACUACUACAGCCACUGCAACCUCCUCCUCCUCUAGUAACACGGCAAUUUCGAAUAAUAUGACCGCCAAAAUUUCCGUCGUCUCCAAUGAGUCGGUGCACCAGGUCCGCAAGCAGAGUGUUAAGAAUCGCAUAUCACAAUUUUCGGAAAGUGAGCGUAAUCGCAAGGCCUCAUCGGAAAGUGGAGGCUCGCUGAUUCCACCACCACCUCCUCCACCCAUGCCACCACCCAUCGAGGUAAAAGAUCCCUCGGAGACUCGGCACUUUUUGGAUCCCUAUGGCCGGGCCAAAACGGUGCGUAUUGGUAAAUGGCGCUGGCCACCACCUCAGGAUGGCCCCCAAUUCGAAACGGAGGAAGAUUUCUUUGCCUUUAAAAUGCGUCAACAUCAAAGGAAGAAUACCCCGCAGUCUCAGUUCCAUAGUAGCAAUGGUUCGCUGACUGGUUCCGCCAUGGAAUGGGAGGAAUUUGAGGUGCAGGAUGGCAUAUCGAAGAGUCCUUCGCCAGUGGUGAGCAUGCCUAUGCAUACCACACAAAUGGUCAGGACCCAGAUAAAAAUUGAGACAGGUGGCCUGAAACAGCAUCACAACAAUAAAAUGGAACAACAACAACAACAAACCAUUGUCACCACAAAAACAACAAAGAAGAGCUUCGAAAUCGGUGCCGAUCGUCCCCCACCAGGUAGUGUGGGAAAACUCAAACUUAGCUCUGAGAUGAGGCAACGCCUGGAACAGGUUACCGCCGGCCACUCCGUACGCUCCACAGUGAGUACCAAAUCUGAGCAAAGGACUCCCGCAAAGUUGGAGGACACCCGGAAAAUGAUGCUACAACAACAGCUGAGUGGCCAAUUUGCCAUGAUGAGCGGCAGUGCAGCGAAUACGGCGGAUCUGCACACGGUGCGUUCGCAUAUCGAACGUAUGGAAGAGAAAAUGGUGCCGACACCCUCGAGCUGGCCAGCCCAUGUACCACCGGCACCCAGUAUACCAGCACCACCACCACCAAUACGACCACCAAAUGUGGCCCCUCCUGCACCACCACCCGUACCCAAGAGUCCUCCCAUGCACAUCGACGAGGUGGAUGAGACGGAAUAUAGGGCUCAGAGUAAAGACAUCCCUGCCUUUAUACAACGUCAGGAUAGGGAUACCUUCGGGGCAAGACAUAACUGGAAUGGUUCGGAUGAUUCCAAGGAUGCCUAUGACUCCUGGGGUCGUACUGAGGCCGCAAAACUUGAUAUGGUCUAUGAGAAGAGCUACAAAAAGGAAAUGAAAAAUGAAAGGGAUCGUUCAAGGUCUCGAUCACGUUCUCGCGACCGUGAUGAUUUCUCGGAAUCGGUGUGGGAUCGUGCCGAGGUGGAAGGCCCUGCCUCGAGUGGCAGUGAACGGGAACGUGAAAAGGAACGCGAGAAACGUGAGAGGAUCUAUGAAAUGCGCCAGGUGGAAAGGGAAAAGGAAAGUCACAAAGUCUAUCAGCCAGCUCCGCCCAAGGUUGUCACAGCCACCAUUGAACGCCAAGAUCGCAGUGACAACUACAGUCCCGUUAAUGUGGGCGAACGUAAAUAUUCCUAUCAAGCCAUGGCCUCGAAUAAAAAACAAUCUGCAGCCUCCCAUGCCUCGAAUGUGGCCAAUGUCUCGAGUGUUUCACACACCCCAGCCACCUUCCGCACCCACAUGGCUCAGAAAUACGAAAAGGAAAGAAAACGCAAAUCUUCUGCCUCCACCACAGUGUCACAAAGUACCACACGACGUGAUGAGGAGACAGAUGGAGGCGAUGAAUGGCCCCUGCCGGCCAUACCAGCCCCAGUGCCCGCUCCAGCUUCACUCAAACAUCCAGCAAAUGCAUGCCUAACCUAUAAUCGUGUGCCAUGGAAGUUGAGGAUACGCAAGGAAGUAUUCCACCCGAAUGAACCCAUAGGGCCCCCAGUGGCCUUGGAUUUACUCUUCGCCCAGGUAUCAGCUGAUGUCUUUGGCCUUACACCCUCUCUACGCAUAUCACCACAAGAAAAGGCCGCUGCCAUCAAUAUGCUAAGUGGCCAUGGGGUCACUGCGGAAACUGUACGCAGUCAAAAUGUACGAGCCAUUGUGAAACGUCAUCUCAUCGAUAUGGCCCGUGAAUGGCCUUUAUACUUUGCUCGACUCUUCCCGGUGCAGGGUGCCCCACAAUAUCCCGAUGUUAGCAUUAUGGGCAUAUCCCACAAUGGAUUGUAUUUGGCCCGCCGCGAUGCCGACUAUUUAAUUGUCGUCCAGGCCAUACCAUUUGCUGAGAUCCAAAAUGCCAUUACCCUACCACGGCCAGCUUCGUUACAAUUGAAUUUACGUAGUGGUAAACAAGUCGCUUUGCAUGCUGGACGGGCGGCUGCCAUACAGGCAAUGAUAACGCUGUUCGUUCAGGAAUAUCGAAAGACUCAAUCGAAAGCUUCAACCUUGUCAUCGGGUGUACGGGCUGCGGCGCAAACACUGAAUGUCCCCAUUGAACGUUUGGAAUCUCGACAAUCGAAUCAUCGUGAAGCCGCCGGCAAUAACGGGCAUCAAGGAUCCGCUGGUCAGCAGCAGCAACAACAACAAAUGCGCAACACAUCCUCACCCAUGAUGGCUGGAUCGUAUGAUGAGACCCAUCAUAUGCAUCACAGUCCCCAUGGUGGCCGUGGUGAGCAGGGCUCUCGUGCUGAACAACAUUCCCGCUCUGAGAUGCAUUCCCGAUCCAUGAUGCACGGCAUGCAUGAUGCCAUGGAUCAUCAUCAUUCGCCAGUGGCCGGAGAACGUGGUCAUCACUACAACGGUCACAAUGAAAUCGAGGAUGAAAGGCUAAUCGAACGCGAUCACUAUGGUGGGGGCGGUGAACAUCAUCAGCAAUAUGCCAAGCAACAAAGUUAUUUACAUACCGGACGUAAGCUAUCCAGUCAACAAUAUCAUGGAGCAGCUGGCAUGCAUCCAAGGGAUCAGCAGCCUCCUGGACAUUUACAACCCUCGAAUUUGGAUGCCAACUACAUGGCAGAGGAUCAACAUAAUGGUGGCGGUUCGACCUCGCCAUCGGUGACUCGUUACUCUUUGUUACAAUUUGCCAUGCAACAUUUUAGAAAUGAUCAAAUCCACGAUUCCCGUUCCCAUGGCCGUGACUCCUCGGAGCGUUCCUCAAAUCGUUCUUAUGCCGAAUUGGUCAAAUGGCAGGGUGUACCAAUACGCACACCUCUGCUACGUUUGCCCAACGAUUUGGCACCCCUGGCCUUGGAAUGUUUUGAAUGCAUAUUGUGCUAUUGUGGCGAUAUACCCAUGGAUCCGGAUCUAACAGAAGUUAAAUGUGUUUAUACGGUGCUAAUGCAUUGUCACAAAUAUUUGGCAUUACGCGACGAAGUCUAUUGCCAGUUAAUGAAACAGACGACCGCCAAUCGUUCACCCUGUCACGAUUCAGCACAACGUGGUUGGCGUUUACUCAGUAUUUUGGCGGCAUAUUUCGGCUGUUCGGAUGCGUUGAGGCCAUAUCUACUCGAACACUUAACAUCUGCCGCUUCGGAUCGUCGUCGUUCGUGUCAUGGUACAGCAGCUGUGUGUUUGACAAAUCUUCGCAAGACCGCACGAUGUGGUGGUCGUAAAAAUGUCCCAAGUGUGGAAGAGGUUACAGCCGUCUCGGCUGGACGUUCGGCAAGAAGACAAAUCUAUCGUUUGCCCGGUGGGGCGGAACGUGUGGUAAAUACCCGUUGUUCCACAGUGGUGGCGGAUGUUAUUGCUGAACUUUGUGCCCUUUUGGGUAUUGAAUCGGAAACGGAGCAACAGGAAUUCUCGCUGUAUUGCAUUGUACAGGGUGAUGCCUUUACCAUGCCACUGGCUGCCGAUGAAUAUAUUCUGGAUGUUACCACGGAACUACUGAAAUCAGGCCAGCCUUUCUAUUUGAUAUUCUGUCGUUCGGUGUGGCAUUUCCCAUUGAAGAGAGAUCCCGCUCCGACGCCUUUGUAUGUUGAGGUUCUUUUCAAUCAGGUGGCUCCUGAUUAUUUGGAAGGUUUGCUGCUGGAAUUGCCUGGUAAUGGAGUGCCACCUCCCGAAGUGGUAAGGGACAUGGCACGCAUUGCGGCCUUAUUGCAUCGGGCAGCCGAUUUGAGUCAUGUACCAGCCAUGAAGGAAAUUAAAUUCCUAUUACCUAAACCCGCUUUAGGUAUUAGAGAAAUACGCCCCGCCCAGUGGGUGGGUUUGGUUCAAUCGGCUUGGCCACAAAUCGCUAAUCUAAGUCCCGGUCAGGUGAAGGCACAAUUUUUAAAUGUCCUAUCGGCAUGGCCUCUAUUCGGCAGUAGUUUCUUCGCGGUGAAACGUAUUUGGGCCGAAGAGGGUCCCCAUGUUGAUGAUAGUCCGAUGUGGAGAGAUUUGAUAUUGGCAUUGAAUCGUCGUGGGGUGUUGUUCCUGGACCCCAAUACACAUGAGACAAUGCAGCAUUGGCCAUUUAUGGAGGUGAUAUCGACACGGAAGGUCCGCUCCGAGGAUGGUGCCCUGUUUCUGGACAUGAAAGUGGGCAAUUUAAUGCAGCAGCGUGUCAUACGAGUCCAAACCGAACAGGCCCAUGAAAUAUCGCGUUUGGUACGCCAAUAUAUAACCAUGGCUCAAAUUAGUCAACGUGACAAAAGAGAUGUCAAUUAA